UCCAUUAAGAGUCGUCUCGGCUUUAAAUUUCUUCCUUUUUAAUUCUAAUUCUGUAUGUGUGUGUAAAUUAUUUGGAUGCUAUGGCUGGUGUUGUGGAAGAAAUAACUAUCAAAAAGGAAAUUGAAGAUAGUUCAGAUAUCCCGGACCAAGGUGAAACACCUGAUUCUAGUAAUACCCAGAUAGACAGUAGCGGCAAUCAAAAGCAUACGAAAGUGACUAUAUGGCUGAAGCCAACAGGAAAUGCACCAAUAAUAAAAAUUAAGAAAUGGACUGUGGAUAAAGAUACUCCUCUAGCAAACAUCAUGGGAUUUUUGAAACAGUACAUGAAACUGGAGAGCACUGCCUCUGUUUUUCUGUAUGUGAAUCAAGCUUUUGCUCCAAGUCCUGAUCAUGAGGUUGGAAAUGUCUAUGAUUGUUUCAAUAUCAAUGGCAAAUUAGUUCUCCACUACUCAACAAGUCCAGCCUGGGGUUAAACUAUUUAACAGUAAUUGUAUGUUUAUUUGUGUACUGUAAAUUUUGUUUGAAAUAAAUAUUCUGUUUUUAUUAUUUU